AUGAAUCAUUCGUUAGUAACAUUUAUUAUAAGCUUAGGCUUAUAAAUGUAAGAAUUUUUUUCAAGCUCUUGAUUUAUAUGGUGCUUAUCCAAGUUUGUUGAUAUUUGGAUAUCAAAAAUAUUCAAGUUUCCUAGGAGUAUUUUUUACGAUAUUAGCAUCGGCAUUGACAUUUGCCUACUUAAUUUAAGAAGUUUAGGAAUUAGUCUAGAAACAACUCCCUUAAACCAUUUUAAGUGAACACUUAGUCACAGAAACAUCGGUACGGUUAAAUAAUAUUGCUUAGCCAUUUCCAUUAUCAUUUAACAAUUUCACACUAGCAAUAUCGGUUGGUAACAUGGAUUCAAAUCCAUUAACAACAAUUGAUAAAUAUUUUUCAAUUUCAAUUGAAAAUUGCAAAAGAAUAAGGGAAUUAAACACAACUACUAAUAAAAUAGAUGUCAUUAAUACGUAUGCUUGAAAAGUAUUGAUAUAGAUGUAUUAAUUAUCCUACAGAAGCAUGCACAGUUGAAAACUUCGCAACAGAUUUGUAAAAGGAAUAUUUCAGUAAAAUUCGAUUAGGAACAGUUUAAUGUAUAAAGAAAGAAGUGUUAGAAAGCAAUCCUCCGGUAAUGAUAUUUAUAAUUUUGAGAUACUCUAAGGAAUAAUUUCUGGUAAUACUUAUUAAUAUAUUACAAUAAAAUUUUCAGCUUGCAAAAAUAGCACAGAAAAACAAGAUUGCGCAACUUAGGAGUAGAUAAAUGAAGAGUUAAUUAAUGGUUUUUAUGUAGUUCAUAUGAGUGAUUCUUUGAUUUAAAUGAGUAAUCCUCAAGAUAUCCAACAAAACUUUAUAAAAUUUUCGUUCACAUAAUUUUCAAUAUCAACUUCUAAAACUAUCUAUUCUGGAUUUCGGAUAAUUCAAUCUAUGACUGAUAAUGGUGUAUUAACUAACAAUAUAGUGGAGGAUUAAUUUUUAGUUCAAUAAUACGUUUAGGAAUCAACAACAAGUUACAAUUCGGAUUAUUUAGUCAAUCAUUUUAUAAUUUUAGAUAACAAAUAUACUAGUUACUAAAGAUCCUACAUUAAAUUACCGACAAUUUUAAGUAAGAUUGGAGGUCUAUGGUAAUUAAUAUUUAUAAUAUUUGGGAUUAUUACAAAACCAUUCAUUUAGACUGAAAUGAAGAUCAAUUUAGCAAAUAGAUUGUUUAGGUUCUAGGAGGAGGUAAAUGAUCUUACUUAAAGUGUAAAAAAAGAUACAAGUACAAAAUAAAAUUAAGAGAAAUAUGUAUAAAAACCAGGAUAAAAACUACCUGAUUCAUUAAUACACAUUCUUUAAUUCUGUUUUGGAUGCAAUAAGAAAAGAAUAAAUUCAUUGAAUUAAGCAAAUUUGAGAAUCCAAGAAAACCUAGAUAUAGUGUAAAUAAUGAGAAAAUUCUAAGAACUUGACAAUCUAAAAUAAAUUUUAUUGACUCCUAAUUAGAAAAUUUUAUUUGAUCUUAUUCCCACUCCAAUGAUAAAUUGCAAACAGCUAAAUAAAUUGAAUUAAGAAUUGCAUCAGGACCAAAAAAUAAGUAUGAUUUAAUAUAAAAAAUAGAGAAUUUAGAAAGGUUUAUUGAAGCUUGUAAAUCAUUUUUUUAGAUUCAUGAAAUGCCAGAAAUGAAUGAAAAUAUUGGAUAAAAAAUAGUUAAGUGUUUAGAUUAAGAUAUGAUUAAACAAUUUUAUGAGCAUCAAUCAGACUCUGAAUAAAGAUAGGGUUUUCAAUUUUAAUUUGAAGAGAGAAAAUCUAAAAUAAUUGUUGAUGGAAACUACCAAGAUUUUGAAUCAAAGAUGAGUCUUUCUCCUUCAAAUUCCAAUUGUUAAGAGAUUUAAGCUGUUAAAAUUUUCCUUAAUAACUAAUAAAUUAGAAGAAAAUUUGAUAAUUUAUAAGUUUGA